AACCCCAAUUUUCAGUUUUUGUUAUUCCACCUCAAUUUUUGUUCAACCUCAUCAUUCUAAGCUUCGUCGGAGGCCUCUCCUGGGCCACCGACGAUGAUGCGCUGGAGAGAGCCUUUUCUUUGUUGAUCAUCAAUGAUCGUGAGAUUGGGAGGUCCAGGGACUUCAGCUUCGUCACCUUCAGGGCCGGCCCUUGGUCAGAGCAACUAGGGCCAUCGCCCGGGGCCCACAAUUGAUUGGGGCACACAAAAAUUUUUUAGUCCAUAUAUAUAUAUGCAUAUGCAAAAAAAUAAAAUAAAAACUAAAAGUUGAAGGGCAUAUGUGAUAUUAGUUAAGAGUUUUACUUGGUAUUGUAAAACAAUAAUACAAAAGGAUGCCAACAGAUCUAGAAGAAAACAAAGUCAACGUCCUUAUUGUUUUCCCAAGAAGCAAAGCCUCUCUGUCUGCAGUUUGGCUUGAAAUCGAUUUUUAUUUCUAAUUCUCUCUGGAACUAAGUGUGGAAGGAAGGAACAAAGCUAUACUUUGAGUUGGAAGCUGAUUAUUCUCUCCGAAAUUGAGAGCACCAACACCAGAGCACAGCAUACAGGACCCAAAAUACAGGUUUUAUUGUUCUUUCUUUGUCUUCAUUUAAUUAGUUUUACUUUUAUUGUUCUUGAUUGCUUGUGUGUUUAUGAUAAAUUUUUUAAAAUGUUUUCUAAAAAGCAACUUUCUGGAAAUCUCAAAAGACAAAAAAAGAAAAAGGAAGAAGAAAUCGCUCAAAACCUAAGAGGAUCUUUAAAUAAAUAUUUCCUUAAAAAUAGUGAGGCACCAAAUUUAGCUGAAGAACAUAAUGAAAAUGACAUAAAUGAAAAGGAGAACGAAAAUGAAAAUGAAAUUGAAACUAAUUUGAACCGUGAAGUACCAAAUUUAGCUGAAGAACAUAAUGAAAAUGAGAACACAAAUGAAAAUGAAAAUGAAACUAAUUUGAACAUUUAUGAUCCAAGAGUCUGGGAUAAUCUUGAUCUAAAAAUGAGGGAUUUACUUUUAGAAAAUGGUCCUAUAAGAGAAAAUAAUCACAAAUUCCCUAUUGAUGAACAAUGCAGACAUUUUUCUUCACAUUUUUAUCUUCGAACAUUACCAAAUGGGGAGACUCAUGAUAGAAAAUGGUUAGUGUACUCAAAGGAGUUGGAUAAAGUGUUUUGUUUCUGUUGUAAGCUGUUUAAAACAAUGCAUGCUAGAAGUCAGUUAGCAAGUGAAGGAUCUAGAGACUGGAAACAUCUUGGUGAUAAGCUUAAACAACAUGAAAAAAGUAUUGAACACAUUACUAACUUGAGGUCUUGUGUUGAGUUGCAAAUAAGAUUGAAAACAAGUCAAACAAUUGAUAAAGAACUACAAGAGCUAAUCAAGAAAGAUACAUUACACUGGAAAAAUGUUAUGGUCAGAAUCGAUCAUUGCUGUUGUGAAAUGUCUUGCUACACAUAAUUUGGCAUUCCGUGGAACAAAUGAAAAAGUUUUUGAAGAUGGCAAUGGUAACUUUUUAGGCCUACUUGAAAUGAUCUCAGAGUUUGAUCCAGUAAUGCAACAUCAUUUUCGUCUCAUUCAAGAUAAGAAAAUUCAUUAUCAUUAUCUUAGCCAUAAAAUUCAAAAUGAGCUGAUAGAUAUUUUAGCAUCAAAUGUUAAACAAAUAAUUAUUAAAAAAGUCAAAGAGGCAAAGUAUUUUUCAGUGAUUCUUGAUUGUACUCCUGAUGCAAGUCACAAAGAACAAAUGACUUUAAUAUUAAGGUGUGUAGAUGUUUCAUGUACUCCGAUAAAUAUAGAAGAGUACUUUUUAGAGUUUCUAAUUGUGCAAGAUACAACUGGAUUAGGAAUUUUUAAUGAAUUGCAAGAUGUAAUAAAAAAGCUUGAACUAAAUAUUGAUGAUGUAAGGGGGCAGGGCUAUGAUAAUGGAUCAAAUAUGAAAGGGAAAAAUAUGGGUGUACAAAAAAGAUUACUUGAUAUAAAUCCUAGAGCGUUUUACAUGCCAUGCGGUUCUCAUUGUCUUAAUUUAAUACUUUGUGAUAUGGCCAAGUCAUGUGUCAAAGCAAAAUCUUUUUUUGGAGCAUGUCAAUGCAUAUAUACGGUAUUCUCUAAUUCAACAAAAAGGUGGAAUGUGUUACUUGAUUAUAUUGAUGGUUUAACUUUGAAAUCAUUGUCAACUACACGCUGGGAAAGUCACAUAGAAAGUGUUAAAGCAAUAAAAUCUCAAGCUUCUAAAAUCAGAGAAGCUUUAUUUAAAUUAGCUGAAAUUAGUGAAGAUGCUAAAUUGAGUAGGGAUGCUGAAAGUUUAGCAUCAGGAGAGCUUUCAAGUUUCGAGUUUAUAUUAAGCUUGGUUAUUUGGUAUGACAUUUUGCACAAGAUUAACUUAAUUAGUAAAAAAUUACAAUCUGAAGACAUGCGUCUUGAUGUUGCUGUAAGACAAUUAGAAGGACUUGUUUUAUUUUUUGAAAACUAUAGGAUAAAUGGGUUUACUUCUGCCAUGAUUGAUGCUAAAGUAAUUGCAUUAGAUAUGGAAAUUGAGCCUGUAUUUCUUAAAAAACGUCAAACCUGUAGAAAGAGACAUUUUGAUGAGAUUUCCAAUAAUGAGAGGGAACAACAAUCAUCUAAAGAAUCCUUUAGAACUGAUUACUUUCUUGUCAUAGUGGAUAUUGCUCUUGGUGAAUUGAAAAGUAGGUUUGAACAAUUGCAUAUCUUUGAAUCUAUUUUUGGGUUCUUAUUUGAUGCUGCAAAAUUGACUUCUUUGGAUGAAAAUGAAUUGAGAAGCUCUUGUUUGAAUCUUGAAAAUGCUUUAAAAAAUGACAAUGAUACUGAUAUUGAUGCAAGAGAUUUAGAGUCAGAAUUACAGGUGUUGCAAGUGAUGUUACCAAGUGAAGCAAUUGAAACAGAUAAACUAUGGACAUCCAUUAAAAUUCUAGAAUUUGUAAAGAGUGUGGAUAUGUUUCCAAAUGUAAUGGUUGCUUAUAGGAUAUUACUGACUAUACCUGUGACUGUGGCAUCUGCUGAAAGAAGUUUUUCUAAAUUAAAAUUAUUAAAAUCUUAUUUGCGGACUACCAUGGCUCAAGAUAGGCUAAAUGGACUAGCUAUAUUAUGCAUUGAAAGAGAUAUGUUGGAAAACAUUAAAUAUGAUAGUAUAAUUGAUGAUUUUGCUUCUAAAACUGCAACAAGAAGACAUUUUAAAUGAUCUUUUGUGAUUAGGAUUUCAUUGCUAUUUUUAUUUUGUAGGUGCAUAUGAAGGUGAAGCAUAGGGACAUGCAAGUUAAUUUGUUGUUGAUUGUAAUGUUUCAAUCGGGUACUCUUUUUCCUUCGUUUGAGGUUUUAUUCCCAUUGCGAUUUCCUCAAACAAGGUUUUAAUGAGGCCCAAAGUUUUCUAUAUUAUUGGUUGUAAACUCUUAUAAUUUUAAUAAAAUUUAUUAUUUGAUAAAAAAUUGUAAUUAUAUUUA